CUUAUGUCAGCGGUCCAGACCCUCUGAGGAGGCACGAUCAACGGAAUCGAAAUCAAGAUCCCAUCGAGAUGAGUCACGCUCGUGACACUCCCCAUGCUGAUUUGAACAGCCUCAGUCCUCUUCGGCUGGGCACGGCGCUUGUCUCGAUCACACCGGCUUUCAAAUUUGCAGGCAUUCGGGAUCCGGUGGGUUUGGCACAAGAUGGAUUGUUAGAGCUCUUGUUCUUGUUUUGCUUUUGGCAGGAGACAUUGUCAUCCGACAGAUGGACUGGCAGCUCCACGCUCUCUGUCGUCCCAACCUGUCCUCUUGUUCUUUGGUCGAAGCAUGCAUAUGGCCUGGACGUCGUGCUUCGAGAAUUCGGGACGAAGCGAGCCCCGACUUUGCGUCUCGGGUUUGCUCGGCGGCCUUGUUACGUCCUAUUACGCUCUUGCUUUCAAGAAGUGGGUAUUCGAUGCCUGGGCUACGUAUCUUCCUGUCCGAAUCUCUCUCCGGCAGGCGUGUCUUCGUCCUUCAUGCUCUCCAUUCGAAUCGGCAGAGUCUCGCAGCUUCAGUUCUCAACGUCAGUAGAGUAGGCCGUGGGCUUCAUUCUAUCUGAAGCAUGGGCUCGUGCGUCAUUCUGAAUCCGUCAACGUAUUCUCUUUGCUCCAAGUAGCUUCCAUGAGUCACAAAUCAUGACAUGCUCCGGAUGGAUUUUAUGUUGGGGUGCUUAUUAUGUGCCCCGGUGAUACCCUCCACCCGCUGUCUAAAUUUGACUGGCCUUUAUCGAUAUGGCACCGAAGCUGGGGCGGAACUUUGGCUUGGUCGCAAGGCUGUGUCCCCGAUUGCGGCCUUUCAGCACGUGCAACCACGCGAGGGGACACAGCCGCUGCGACGUUUCGCGUCGGUGUCUCUCUGUCUCCGCUGUCAUCGAACGCGCCUGUCAGCUACCCCGGGUUCUGACUCGGUUCCGGCGAUCGUGCUGCAUGUCGAGCUAAGUGCGAGCCGUCCCUUCAUCCUCCACGUUUGGAUCAAUCGAAAAAAGCGCACUUGGCAAAAGAGCCGAGUUCGCGUUCGAGCUCUGACGGGGAUUUCCGGGGUCGAGACCGCCCAAUUAUUGCUAGACGGUGGACGGCCAGGGCUCUUCCUUUGUUCUCGCGCGCAUGCUUUGACAGCGAUGCUCCUCAGACAUGAAUGCGCGCAUCUUGCCCUGCCCAUGUCUUCGAAGAAUGCAGAGAUCGAUUCUAUCUGCAGCCCCAGGGUUUCAUGUCUAAGUCUAGGCUCUAGGUUUAUCGAAGACCUAAUGCGGUUUAGUGAGCCAUGACCUGGCCGACCAAACGACGAGGGUGUUUCAUCUACAGUCUCUCUCCCAUCCUACCUCGUUGGAUCCUCAUCCGUUAUAUGCUAGAUAAUGCUGGUUGCUAAUCCUUCAGUCAUAGUGGAAAGAUCGCUAUGACUUAAGCUUCAUUUUUAUCACGCACGUAUCUUUGGCUCUUGAGAAGACUAUUAAUAGCUUAGUGCCGCCUGAGAAGUCGGUAAGAACAUUAGGAUUUGGAUUGAUCCUUGAACGACUUCAGCUCAAAGUCUUCGAUGAAUGACGCAGCCAGCAUUUAUACUAAGCAGACAAGGGUUGUUUCAGAGAUGUAACUGAUGGCGCAUCAUCGUCG